AUGGCAGCCAGUGGCGGUGUGAAGCGCCAGGUUGUGGACGGCCAAAGCCCUGGCGCGGCGAGCAGCUCUCGGAACCUCACGGACAGCGAUUUCUUCAUGCAGCUGGUGCGCUACGCCCUGUACACCGGCCAGGACGUCAACGACCUGAAGAACGCCGCGUCGCUCGUCAUCUUGGCCUUCGAGGCCGGCGCGGGCCCCCCGGCGGAGAGGCGCCGCCGCGAGUGGGGCAGCAAGAAGCACUUCACGCACGGUGUGGUCUUGCAGGGGCUCAAGACGCUGUUGGAGGCCGGCCAGAGUCCUCCCGCAGAGCUGAUCAAGCCGGCGACGGACUGGCUCAAGGACGGCAUGGAGAAGAAGUCGGACCAGGCGCUGGCCAAGUUCCGGCCGAAGUUCGCACUUCCCCGGGAGGACCGCCCGUGGGUCUGGGAGUUGCAGUUCGCGGCAGCCACGCCGCCGGACUUCCGCGUGAUGUGGAUCGGCCUCAUCCGGGAUUUCGAUGGCAAGAUCUCGGUGGACGUGCGCCGGGCUGGCCAAGUGGGCUUGGAGAAGGAGCUCUGGGGCGAGCUUCGUGCCCGAG